AUGAGAACUGGAGCUGAACAUACACCUAAGAACCCAAGCUUGGUGGAGUCUAGCUCAUCAAGAAAAGACAUUGCAGCCUCUCAUGGAAGGACUAGGGAGAAGAGCACCAAUCUGAGUCAACAUAUUAAUCAACCAACAAUGGUGGUGGAACAAGAACCAGUGUGGCCUGAGGAGAUGUGUACUGAGCUGCCUAACCAGAGUCUAAUGAUGGUGCCUAUGGGAGUGGAGAGUAAGCUAGAAGUGAGCACAUCCUCCAAACAGAAGACUUGGAAGAGAUCUGGCAAUAAAGUAGGCAGACUACUACAGAGGAACCAAAGGGAGAGUAAAGGGAUCCAAUUACAAGGAAUGAAAAGGGGAAGGCAGGGAGGCACAACCCUAAUAACCGUGGAGGAGGAGAACUUGGUGGAAGUGGAUAUCAAAAAUAUGAACUAUGAUGGCUACAACAUUGAGGUUGAAUUCAGAACUCAUUGUAAUGAAAGCUUUAGAUGGGCUAUUUUUGUCUACCUAAGCCCAGAUAGAGGGACUAGAGAAAUUCAGUGGAGUGAACUAGAGAGGAAGAAGGACAAAUGGGGGGACAGAUGGUGUAUGAUUGGUGAUUUGAAUGAUGUUGCUAAGAUGGAGGACAAAAGAGGAGGCAGGCAGAGAACCCACGCAAGCAUGAGGGGAUUCCAAAAUUUUAUUGCUGAAAUGGAAAUGGAAGAGGUGCUCAGAAAGGGAUACCACUACACUUGGGGCAAUAAUAGAGAGAAUGAGGGAUUUGUUGAGGAGGCACUGGAUAAAGCAUAUGCUUCUUUGGGAUGGAGUGAAGAAUUCCCACUGACUCAAACUACUGCCUUGUUCAAGAGCUCUUCAGAUCAUCAUAUGUUACUAUUAGAUGAAGCUCCUGACAACCAACAGAAGAAGGGUAGAUUUCAGCUAGACAAGAGGUGGUUGGGCAGAGCAGGGAUUGGUGAGAUUAUACAAUCAGUGUGA